AUGAAGCCCAACGCGAUCAUCUUCGGUGGGCUGAACACCUGUUCUAGGUCACUCGCCGCAUAUCUCGUUCCUGUGGAUGGUGAGUCGCUCGUCGAGAAUCUCCGAAUUAUUGACAAAUACUCCGUCGCCCCGCCCACCACAUAUAUCGGUGCGGAAUUCCCCAAGAUUCUGGAGAAGUCAAAUGUGGAGUACAGACAGGCGAAUUUGACCGUUGCUGCUAUCGUCGCUUCAUGUUUCGACACGCUGGAGGGCCAGGAGGCAUACACCUAUGUAUUCGAUCUGACAGGCGAGCUUCAAUGGAACCGUCCGGACCAGGUGCAAAUCACGAGCACGUUUAAGGUCUCGCGAUUAAUCGGGCUCGAGGCGGCGAAGCGGAAGGUCGCGGCGUAUGUGCGCAUCCAACACCCAUUCUACCAAUGCAAGGAAAAGGGAGACCACAACGAGGGUGAGGAUGUGCGACCCGAUGGCGUCCUUGGAACAUGGUGGCAUGAGACACUGCGCGCGCUCGGAGCGAUUGAAGGCCUGAACCUGGUGGUCGUGCGGACAGGGAUGGUGUACGGGCCAUAUAUUGACUAUGGUCAGGUUAUUAGCUAUACUGUAAUAGCUGCUGUAUAUGGGUAUCUGAAGCAACCAUUGAAAGCUUUGUGGUCUCCCGGGAAGUAUCCUGUAAACACUGUUCAUAUUGACGACGUUGUCGCUGCAAUGUGGGCUUCCGCGGAGUGGAUAGCCCGUGUCGGGCGGCAGGAAGCAAAUACUGCCGCGGGGGAAGUCAUUCCAUUCAAGAACAAAGAGUCAGUGACCGCCGAGGUCGAAGGCAUGAUAGCCCCUUCGCAGAAGGUCGUUGUACCGUUGUUCAACAUCGUCGAUGACGCAAACAGUACUCUCGUCCAGGCCGCCUCCUUAAUAGCAUCCGUCUUCGGGACGACCUUUGAGUUCUAUAACUUCCUGGUCAAUACAAUGGCAAAAUUUCAAAUUGGUGACUACAUCGAAGAAAUUAACGAGGUGCACGUCAGCGGCUGGACAGAAAUGGUCACCAAAUCGAAUCCUCCCGUCCCCAACACUCAUUUCUCUGCCUACAUGGACGAAAACAGCCUAGCAAAGCACGUCGUCGCAUUCUCCAACGCAAAGAUUAAGCGCGUCCUCGGUUAUACCUUGUGCCGGCCAGAAUUUGACAAGGCGUCUAUUCAAGAGAUGGUGGAAAAGCUGCAGGCGGAAGGCAGCUGGCCAAAGUUUGAUCCCUAA